AGUGAGAGGAAAAGAGUCGAGGAGGGAGGCUCGAAACAUGACAAAAACGAGCAGCUUUUUGUGAAUGGGAGGAGUGAAACACUGGACGAGUUUCGGAACACCCAGGUUUGACGUGAUUUUUUGGCAACAUCUCCAGCAAACCAACAAAAGUAGCUAAUCUAACUGAGGAUCCACACUUUUAGGUACCACCAUGGAAAACUUUAUCUGACAUAAUGGCGACCCAGAAAGAAGAGGACUCCACAACUGAAAGUAGUUCACCAACAGAGGAGGACACAGCUGAGGACCUGCUUUAUGAGACACCCGAGAGAAAACAUGCCCAUACCCUGAUAGAUGACAGUGAGGAGGAGCUGCUGAAGGAGCAGGAGCCGUCUGAGUAUCACUGUUACACUGGAUGGGAAGAAGCUGUAAGUGGAAGUGGACUGCAAACCUCUUUAUAGCCUGCUUUCAUUUGUUUAGGAUAACGUUGCUAUGACCUACAUAAGCCCACAAGUAACAUAGAGAGCGUGUAUUCUGAUCAGAAAAUAACCGGGCCAAUCAGAGACCGUGUUUCCACUGUUACCCGGACAACAGGGAAAGGCAGCCCCUGAUUGGUCCAUGUGUAGUAGUGACGUCUAACACAUGCUGUGGGACUUUUCAAAGCCCCGUUCAUUCAGAACGCCGUUAAUUCUGCAGUUGACUCUGCAAAGUCGGCAAAAAUCGUUUAUAUCAGAUAUAGACAAUUUCUGCCGACUUUGCAGAAAUUGUUGGUUUUGUUCUUUGAUCAAGGUGAUGUUCAUGCACGGUUCAUUUUGUGUACUAGUAAAAAAAACAUAUACCUAUGUCUUGAAUUUGGAAAAAAAAUCAUAUUUGAUUUAUCACUUAAGAAGGGUUCGGUGAAUGUGCAUAUGAAACUGGGGGGUUCGGUACCUCAGACAAGGUUAAGAACCACUGGCUUAAAUACAGUAGCCGAGAGCCGCCACUGCUGCAAAUAGAAAAGAAUGCAAAAAAAAAAAAAAAAAAAGAACUCACAACACAAGUUACCGAUGCAAAAAAAAAAAAAAGAAACUGAAGCCUGCUACAAAUUAAAAAAAGAAACAGUGCAGAUUUACAAAAAAGCCACAACAGAAGUUAACGACACAAAAAAAAAAAAGUGGCAAAAAAAAAUUAAAAAUACUUACUGCAGCAGGCUAUGGUUUCUUUUUUUUGCAUGGGUAACUUCCGUUGUGACACCUUUUUUUUUUUGCAAUCUUUUUUAUUUGCAGUAGUGGCGGUUCUCAGCCACCAUUCUUAAAAACCACUGUGAGGUGCAAAGUUUGACAAAACGAAGGCUAAGGAGUCAGCCUUUUUUAAAAUCCUUUUCUGCAGAUGCUAGAUGAUUUUUUUUUUUGUCAGAAAGUUGAACCUUGGCCUGUACAGGGCAACACCAGCUAUGUGAUGAGAUGUACAUUUUUGACCAAAAUCUAGCCAAAAUUGAAGCAAGCUCAAAGUUCCUCAAUUCAGCCUUGAAAUGUAAAAAGUUUUAUUUGUUGUUCAGACAAUGUUUCCACCUGUUGGUUCCUUUAGGAGAGAUUCAUUUUGCACUCCAGAAGCUGCUUCAGCACAAAUUUCAUGAUCAGACAUAAACAUGAUGAGAUGCCCAAAACGUCACUCAUGGUGGUAUUUUUCAUAGAAGUUGCACAAUAGAUUUUCAUCCCUCCUUAUGAAGUGCCUCUGUCAUGCACCCAUUACUUUGCAAUUUGUGGUUCUCCUAUUUUGCUUGCUUGGUCCAAGAUCUUGUUUUUUUUUUUUGUUUUUUAUUUGCUCUGUGCAGUAACUAUUUUUUUUUUCACUUUUUAAUUCAUUCAAAACAGGUCCAGUGUUGGUCAAGAGUGGAUCCACUGAGCUGCAUACUUUUGACUCCAAAGAUGAACAGUAAAGUAAAGCAGAAGGAGGCUCGCACCCUGACCACCACCCCUAUUGACCACAAAGCUCCUUCUUGUGCAGAUACCUCAUCCAGGACUACAAAGCGCCACUGUGAGUGGAAGAGCUGCGUUCAGAAAUCCAAACAACUAAACCAGCACACAGGAUCCUGGAAUAACACUGCUGUGGUUGCUCUACAGAAAAAUACCUCAGACUGGCCUUUUACCAACACGCCGCAGGAAACCAUAGCACAUCUCUCACUCAAAGAGAAAGUAGAGCAGAAUGAGAUGCUCAGAGAGGUGCAUCAUACCUCUACAAAAUACUCUGUGGUGGAGACCAGGCCCUCAAAGCCUCAGAAACACAGCCGCAGGCCCAACAGCACCACGAUUCCCAUUAAAAACUUGACGUUUUUACCACCAAUCAAACUGCCACAUUUGCAGUCUAAGGGAAUCGCUGGCAAGAAGACUGUGGAGGAAGAAACCAAAGAGGAAAACUAUUUCUCAUUUGAUUUUAAGAAUUUGAAAAGAGGGUCAAGAGUGGACCCUAUCACUCACCUUGAGCCUCAAGUGUACUCUUCAGCCCUGACCUCUACAUAUCUGACAUGUCCGUAUAACCCCCACAUGUUCUCUGCUGUAAGUCCUUUAAUACCCAGGAGGUAUCAGGUACCCAUGUCCUCCAAAGCUGACACAGUGCACCAAGCCAGUUAUUCAAUGGGCAAACAGGUCCUCCAGUCCUCCAGCACUGCUACAACUUCACAAACUCGUAUUCACCCAAACAAGACCAUGUGUGCUGUCAAGCUGCACAAGGGCCGCGGAAUAAAUGUUUAACUGACCAAUCAUGCAAGUGAAGUAUGUGUGUUUUUGAAGCUCUCUAGCUUAUCCUGAUAAAGUGUAUUGUCUUGUCUUCUAUUAUGAACACCUUGCAUCAGUGUUUCUAUAAAAACUGUUGGUCCAGAAAAUUGAAUUGGAUGUUAUUUUUAUGUUAAUUUUAUGACUGUUUUUUGGCCACACAGACCACAGCAAUAACAGUGGAGUUAGCAAGGUUAAGCUCAAUAUGUCAUUUGGGCCUCAUUGUUUUCUGAUCAGUUCCCACAAGUGCUUUUCAGCUGUUCUAGUUACCUAGCAACAGUCCAACUACCUCAUAAGAGGCAUGGCAGUGUGCCGGCUUCACUCUUGCUACCUUUUAAACUUUUAGCCACAAUCUACAGCUCUGUCAGAGAGGAAGUCCUGCAACCAUACAUUACGAUAACAUUACAGAUCUUUGCCAAACCACUGAAUUAUACACACAGUGAGUUGUAAAUCUGUUGUAAAUUAUUUAUCUGUUACAGGGUGACUCCUUACUACUUUGAAUGGGCUCUGGUUUUGUUACUGUAACCCUACAGAGGUGAAUAAGGCAGGAUCAUGAUAGGAUCACCAAGCACACUGUGUGCCAUGUUUUGUCUUCCAAGAUCAGCUUAUUACCCCACAUCUUUUAAUAGUUGCAAUAAUAUUGUGAUAUUUUUUAAACUUUUGCUUUACUUCAAUACCUCAAUUGUGUUUUGCUGCCUUUAAAAUAAAAUGAUAGUUGCUCAAAUUUGAUUGCGAUGUAGUUGAAA